AUGGCGAAAGUGAUCGUUAAAGGAAGUAUUUUUGAUGAUAAUGUUGAUGUCACGGAUCUUGAACUUGUAAAUAAAAGAUUGGAGUUUUUAGAAAAUGAAAUGAUUAUACCACCAAAUAGUAUAAAAAGUGUUAUAGAUAAAACUGCUGCAUUUGUUAAAAAAAAUGGGAAAGUUUUUGAACAAAAAAUAUAUAAAGAAAAAGAAAAGCAGUUUAAUUUUAUAAAUAGUACACACCCAUAUUUUUUUUAUUAUCAAUAUAAAUUACAUGAACAAUUUUUAGGAAUUCAAGAAAAAAAUACAAUACCUAAAGCUAUUAUAGAAAUAAAAAAAAGAGAAGAUUUAAAUAAAUCAAGUAAUAAUGAACACAUAUUAAAAAUAUGUGAUUUUGUAAAAGAGGAUAUUAAAAAAGAAAAAAACAAAAUAAUAUACUCCAUAGAUGACCAAACUAAAGAUGAAGAUACACAAGAACAGCAAAUAGAAAUCAAAGAAGAUAUUUAUACAAUUAUAUCUCCACUUAUCAGUUCGGUGGAUGUAGAUCUAAUGAAAACAACAGCUCUAUUUGUGGCUAGAAACGGAAACAAAUUUUUAAAUGAACUUAUUGAAAGAGAAAAAAAUAAUAGCCAAUAUGACUUUUUGAGAGCAAAUAAUUUAUACUAUAAUUUUUUUUCAAAACUUAUUGAUAUAUAUGUGAAAUGUUUACUUCCAAAUAAUGAUAUAAUGGAUAAAAUUAAAAAAUAUUCCAAUAACAAAAGGGAUAUUCUAAACUAUUCUUAUAGUAUAUAUAACCAUAACAUGAAGAAAAGAGAAGAAGAAGAAAGAAAACUUGAAGAAAAAACAAAAUGUGACACAUUUUAUGAUUGGUCAAAUUUUACCGUUGUAGAAAAUAUAACCUUUGAUGAUAACAUUGAAACUUUGCCUCAAUCAAUAGAUUUUAAUAAUGUUGAAAACUAUGUAUUAAAUCAAUUGUUUGAUACAGAUAACAAAUAUACAAAUAUCGAAAAAAUAAAUAACAUAUCAUAUCAUACAAGUAAUAUAAAUAAAGAAAUAAAUGAAAAUGGAGAAGGCCAAGCUCAUGGUGACAAUUCAAUGGAUGAUUAUGAAAGACAAAAUGAGUAUUCAGAUGAUGCUAUCGAAAUAAGAAAAUUAGAAGAAAAUCCAGUAGAUAUGUCUCAAGAAGAGAAUAAUAUUUCUGAUAAUAAAUAUAUAAAAGGACGAAAACAAAAGAACCAACUACAUGGAAAAUUAAAUAAAAAUGAUAGUGAAAUAUCAAAUGGUGAAGAAACUUUAGAUAACAUUCAAGAAAUUGUGGAUGAUGAUAAUGAAGAAAAAAUUAUAGUUGUUAAGAAUUAUGAAAAAUCACGAAAACACAAAAUAAAUAAAGAAAAUGUCCACUUAUGUCCAAUUACAAACCAACCUAUAGAUAUUAAUGAUAUGACUCGACACUUGAAAACAUUAUUAUUAGAUCCACAAUGGAAAGAACAAAAAGAUAAGUUAUAUGAAAAAGCUAAAAAGGAAGCUUCGUUUUCACCUCUUGAAGACAUUGAAGGAAAUUUAUCUCUUUUUGUUAUUAAUAGACCAGAUAUUUUUGGAUCUAUCGAUGAAGAAAUCAACGACCAUACAUCAAAUGAAAAUAAAAAAACUACUAAAAAUGUAAAAAAAAAUGAAGAUGUAUAUAGUUACAUUCAUAAUAUUUACAAUAAAAUAUUGCCAGGUCCAUCCAUUGCACAUUACCCUCAAAAUGAAGCAAACCAAUCAAAAGAAACUAAUAGCAAAAAUAAUAAAAAACAAAAAACAAACUAA